AUGGUGCCAUCGCUGGCUAUGCGACUGGACCAGGACAUCGAAGAGAGAUUGGUGAUGUUUACCUCGUUACAGAGCGCCAUUGAGGCCCACCACUACUCCAGCAGGCGCUCGUUGGGGAAGACACCCACUUGCUGGAUUCCGCGCAAUGGGCACAAUCUCUCGGUGCCUCACGACGGCUACAGCCCCAUCCGCAGCCAGAAGGACAUCCUGAACAAGGGUGACCACGACUGCUUGGUGGCGGUGUCAAUUUUCGUGCAGGACAUGCACGCGGCGAAAUGCCAGCAGCUCCCCCAAGGCGGCGCAGCGUACGUGUUCAACAAGAUCAAGAUCGACAACUUGCAGGUGCAGUUCUACCAUCUGGAGCUCCACGUAAAUCUUGAUGUUGACAGUGACAGUGUCACUGCUGACGAUCGAGUUGCGGGGCCAUGCCUGGCAGUGGAGAAUGUACGUGAUCAACAUGAUGGCCAAGCUGAUGAUGAUGUGCCAGUGCCUGAAACCGGGUCAAAGCCGACCUUGAAGCGAAAGCGGCACCUGGAGCUGGAGGACGACGGCGGCAAGCCUCAGCCUGACGAUGCGGAGGAGCUGGCGGAGCCGACCGUCGACAAGUUCAUGGCCGUUUCGAACUCUCUGCACAACAUCAUCAAAGGCAGGCUGAACAGCCAAGGUGCCGUUCUGAUCACGGUGUCGGACUUCAAAAUCCGUGUUCACGAGGAGGCCUCGAUCACGCAGGCGAUCUAUGAUGGGAUGAGCGAGCGCUUCAUGCCUGCCUAUGACUCGCCGGCCACGGCACUGCUGCACUUCGGGCUGCUGAAGAAGGCAUCAGCCGUCAGUGUCAAAGACGAGCUGACGAUGGGCGGCAGCAGCUGGCACGAAGCGGAUGACAACAGUGUCGGUGCCGGUGCCGGCAGCGUCCUUGCAGAGGCAGAGUCGAAGCAGACUGUGGCAUUGCUGAAGAUCACUUUUGGCCAGACCACAUGGCAGGCGAUGCUGGAUGCCGGGCAGGCGGUGCCGAACAGUGUUCCGUUUCGUCACUGGCGCAUCUUGUGCGACAUGCCCAACACGGACGGCUUCCGCAAGAGCAUCCGCUUCUACAAGGCCAGCUUCGCCAACAAGCUUACGUCGGUGACGAACCUCAAGGACUCAUCUCUGGCUCACCUUGUAGUUAACUAG